AUGAAUGCCCCCGAACGAUCAGAACUCUUCGUCCUUGAAGAUGGCGAGCAGCCUGUAAUCAUUACCGAAGACACCAAGAUCCCCAAUGCUGCCACCAUCAAGGUAGUCAAACAAGACCAUACCCUGGCGAAUCUGGUUCGAGCACAACUGCUAUCAAUGCCUCAAGUUCUGUUUGCCGGCUACAAAGUUCCUCACCCUCUUCAUCCGUACUUUCUCCUCAAGGUUCAGACGGACGGGACCGUGACGCCGCAAGCUAUUGUCGAGCAGGCAUGUACGAAGCUCAUCGGAACUAUGUCUUCUUUAGAGGCCAAAUUCAAGCGGGAGUUCUCAUUCAAGGAUGUAGAGGGUGCAGGGCCAGGCAUUGGCGGUGUUCCCGAUGACCCCUAUGGCGCUGGGAGUGGUGCUGGUGGUACCUGG